AUGAUUUAUCGACAACGUCUGAUAAGCGUGCUCGCUGCGAUAUCAAUCAUUGGACUCUGGGUAUUUUUCUCCUCCCAGAAUCUUUCUUACACUACCUACAAUGACAUUGGCGAGACAGCCAAAACUGAUGAUGCGAGUAACAAGAGAGCAGCACCUUUAAAGGACACUACGUCAAGACUGCAAUCGUCGAUUAUGCCGUCGAUGCCCGACCAGAAAGCGAAGGAAGCACUCGGAAGAGCAUCGUGGAAGUACUUUCACACGGUUCUAGCACGGUUCCCGGACGAGCCAACACCAGCAGAACGGGAAAAGCUGGAUCAGUUUUUGAGACUCUACGCAGAGCUAUAUCCGUGUGGCGAAUGCUCUGAGCAUUUUGUCAAAAUGCUGGCGAAAUGGCCACCACAGACGUCCAGUAGGAAGGCAGCAGCACUUUGGGGCUGUCACAUCCACAACCGUGUUAACGAGCAUCUUGGGAAAGACGAAUAUGACUGCUCUGACGUUUUGGAAGGCUACGAUUGCGGCUGUGGGGGCGAAGACGGCAAGAUCAGGCCUGAUCUGAAACUCAACAAGGUUUCUUUGCAGAAAGAGGCGAAACAAGGUGGUUGA